UAAAAUAGAAGAAGAAAAGGACAAAUUCGUAUGCAAUCACAUCGCCACAUUUUGAACUCUCAGCAUAACUGAAGUUGGUCCAUGUUAUUGACGUAUUAUUAUUCAGGAACCUCACACACAGCGACCAUCAGCAAUCUGCUCUGAAAGUUAUUUGUGGAAGCUGUGGUGUGAAAUGUGACUUAGAAUGGAAACUCCCUCCUUUUGGUUUUGAGCUUGCGGACAGAUGAGCAAACGAACGCCUCUUAAGACAGGAACUUUUCAUCUGAGCUGGAUAUAAGAUACAUCGAGAAUGCGGGACCGGACCAAAGAACUGGGCAAUCCUCCUGAUGUCUCGGAUGAAGAUAAAGAGACCACUCUCAUGAUAAAGCCUGGAUCUGGGAGCUCAGCAAAUGACGAUAAAGAAAAUGAAAACUUCUUUAAAAAGGUUCAGGAGAUUCGAGAGGGGCUUGAAACAAUUAAAAGGAAAGUGUCUGAACUGGAGAACAAACAGAAAACAGUGUUAGGAGUUGCACUUCCAGAGGAAAGUAUGAAAAAGGAACUGCAGUCCCUCAGAGAAGACAUCAAAGUCAUGACCAGCCAGAUCCAAAAGAAGUUAAAAAGCAUCGAACCUAAGAAAGCUGAAGGUGAAGAGAUAUAUAUUUCGGUAAAUGUUAGAAUGCGGAGAACCCAGCAUGGCGUUUUGUCCCGUGAAUUUCUGGAAGUGAUGGGUCACUGUAACACAAUUCAAGCCCAAUACAGAGACAGAAAUGUGGAGAGGAUACACAGACAACUCAAAAUCACUGGUAACAAUGUGACAGAUGAGGAGCUGGAAUCGAUGCUUGAGAGUGGACAAACCGAUGUUUUCACACAAAAUAUUUUGAAUGAUGCUAAAGCUACCAGACAGGCUCUGAACGAGAUCGAGUCACGGCAUGAUGAGAUCAUCAAGCUAGAGAAAAGCAUUAAAGAGCUACAUGACAUGUUUCAGUACCUUGCAAUGGAGGUUGAAGCACAGGGUGAAAUGGUGGACAGGAUUGAGGAGAGCAUAAAGAGUUCCCAUAAUUAUGUGGAAAAGGCUGUUGCUGACACAGCUGCUGCUGUAGUAACUUCCAGAAAAGUCCGCAAAAAAAAAAUAUGGAUUGCAUUAUGUCUUGCUAUUUUGCUUGUAAUAAUAGCCAUUAUUGUGGCUGUCAAUUUUAUUUGAGCUUUUUUUUUUUACAGCUGCUUUUUUUCCUACAAAGGACAUGAUUUAGAUUUCCUGAAAAUGUAUCUGCUGCACCACUGGGACAUUCAAAGUAACCUGGUCAAAACGGUUUGAAUUAACUGAUUACUUUAUUGACUGUUUUCUAGAUGGUAUACUUAAUUUGCAGAAACCAACACUAAAACAUGGUCAUUUGGGUAGAUUAACAAAAAUGAUUCCUAAUAAGAUUCCUAAUAUAUACCGCUUCAAGCUCAAGAACUCUGAAUGAUGGGCCAAUUGUCUUUGUAAUGUUUAGUUGUCUUUUGUGCUAUCUGUUGUGAUUUAUCUUUUUGUAAUGCCAUUUCAAACUUGAAAUUUGCUAAAAUAGCUUUUUGAGGUCAUUUGUGUAUAUAUAAAAACUAAUUUUAUACUCUGCAUUAUAGUAUACAACUUCUCUUGUUCUCACAAUGACGUUGCAUACUUGUAUAUUUUAACUUAUCUGUGCUCUGUCCCAGUUAAGACAUGCACUUUUAAGAUAAUUAUGUACAGUUGUUUAUUGCCUCAACCGUGGUGCCUUUGAGCAAUAACUUUUAGCUGCCCAUUGUGUGGCACUAUAAGUGUCAAGAUCACCAAGAGUGCAGUUUAUCUGGUUUCAGUUUGCAGCCUGUACUGCCACACAUUUCAUUCUGGUGUAAAAUUGUAAUUUUUAAAUAAAGUGCAUUAUAUAUCUGA